AUGUAUGGAGAUCCAUCUGGAAACACAGGAACAGGCACUGUGCAAAUUCAUAUUUUGGACAUAAAUGACAAUGUUCCCACUCUUGAGAAAGAACAGUAUUCAGGCAAUGUUGAUGAAGGUGUGACUGAUGUGGUUGUCAUGAGAAUUAAAGCCCUGGACAAGGAUCUGGAAUUCACUGAUAACUGGCUGGCAGUGUUUGAUAUUAUCAAAGGAAAUGAAGACGAUCUCUUCACUAUUGAAACAGACCCUAAAACGAAUGAGGGAAUUCUAAAACUUGUCAAGCCUGUUGAUUUUGAAAAGGUAAAGGACUUGGACCUCAGUUUGGUUAUAUCAAAUGUAGCUCCUUUUAUAAACGGAAGUGCUUUAGAGGUGGACGUUAAUCUGGACAAGGAUGGACCAGGGGCUGGAGCGGGCUUAGGAGCAGGGGCCGGGAUGGGAGCAGGAUUGGGAGCGGGGUUAGGAGUAGGGUUAGAUGUGGGAGUAGAUGCUGGACUGGAUGCUGGACUCUAUGCAGGAGUGGAUUUGGGUGCUGGAGUGGAUGUCGGAGUAGAUGCGGGUGGUAAUAUUGGACUUAAACCUGAUGGUAAGCCUGGAGCCAAACCUGGCCCCUCACCUGGUGUCAAGCCUGGGUCUAAACCAGGAACAAAACCGGGCACUAAACCUUCUGGCAAACCUGGAUCUGAGCCUGAUAAAAAACCAGCUGGGAAAGGUUACCCAGUUAAGAUUAGUGUAAAUAACCUACCCGAUGGCCCUAGAUUCUCACCUUCUUUAAAAGACUUCCCAGUGUCAGAAGAUCCAGAUAAUGAAGACUUCCCAAUAGUGCUGGGCACCUAUGCUGCUUUGGAUGGUGAUACUGGAGAACCAGCUGAAAAUGUGAGGUGAGCUUUGAUACCAAGGUCACUUUUUCAAAGUAAUGAAUGGUAUUACACCGUGUCCUAACUACACGUGAUAAAAGGUAUCAUUCCCAUGUUAAUCAGAGUUUUGUCCUGACUAGCUGCAACUAGCGACAUGCGAUGAUUCUAUUUUAGAAACGGUUUCUGCGACGACGCGGCUUCAACAACAACACAAAGUAUGGCAAUGAUAAUCUCAAGUACUGUAUAUGUGCUUUAUUUAUUGUUAAAAGCGUCUAAUGUCCGUUUGAAUAUCAUUUUGUGUUCUCUGCUUUGUAGCCCUGUUGAAAAAAACAGGUUAGGUGGUUAGGUAUGUUUUGAAGCAUGGAAGCUGGUUUGAGCUGGUUUAUACUGGUUCUUAGCUGGUCAUGAGCUGGUUUAAGCUGGUCAAGUGGUGGUCCAACUAGCUCCAGCUCAGGACCAGCUUAGGACCAGCACUUGACCAGACUAAACCAGCAUAAACCAGCUCAAACCAGCUUCCAUGCUUCAAAACAUACCUAACCAACAUAUGCUGAAAGUAACCUCAGAUCGUGAAAAUAAUGGGCACAGCACAGGAACGUUCAAACUGUCAACUCCUUGUGAACGAGCAAGUGUAUUAUAUGAUAAAAAUGGUUUUAGUCACUCUGGAUGUACUUCAAAUAAUAUUUAAAUUGUGUAAUAUUUAUGAAUUUGAUUAUGUACUCAUCCAUUUCAUUGUGACUGCCGUGUGCUUCCCAAGAGAGCCCGCCCUCACGCUCUUCUGAUUGGAUGUGGUUUUUGAUUGAUUUAGUCGCGUCACUGCUUGUCACUCGAAUCUUUUCGCGUCGCGUUUGGUUAGGACGCAGUGUUAUAAAGUGUACAGCUAGUUGGUAUAUUAAUGUUAAGUAUAUUAAUGAUUUUAGAUUAAGUUUCAAUACAGAAUUAUAUUCAUUGAUUAUAUUUGUAAAUAAAGAUAGAUAUUAUUGAUUUCUAUCAUUGCUAUAAUUGAUUAUCAAAUAGCAUUGUUUAUAUGGGGGCCUAAUAAUCUUUGAUCCACUGUUUUCAUGUUAUUGUUUUGAUCAUUAAUUGAAUACCCAGGUAUGCUAAAGGUCAUGAUCCUGAUAACUGGUUAACCAUUGAUGAAGAAACUGCUGAGAUUAAACUGACAAAGGUUCCUGAUCGAGAAUCAAAGUUUUUGGUCAAUGGAACCUACUUCGCAAAGAUUAUCUGCAUGACUCAAGGCAAGCAUCAUUUUUCAGGUUUCAUGUCUG